AUGUAUAGAAAUGUAAAAUAUUACUUUUUAAGCAACUGGAAAAGAACAUAUCGUCAUUAUUCAAGAAAACAAAAUAUAAAUAAUCUUAAUAAUAAAAUAAAAGAUCCUUAUAGUGAUUUAUAUAAAUCUAGUAUGUAUGGUAAUAAUUUUAAAAUAUUACCAAAUAAGAAAACAAAAUCUAAAGAAUAUGAAAUAAUUAAAACAUCAAAUAAUACAUAUUC